GACAGGACACACCUUCAAUCCACAGUACGGCAAAUAGUGUCGUGUCGUGCUAUACACUUUAGUUGCCUAAUGUAGUAUUUAGCGGUCAAAUCUUUCUUUUUUAAUAUUCCUACAUUUAGGAGUGAAACCCUUUGUGCUGCUAAGGAAAAUGGCUGCUGAUAUGAAAUGCUGACGCUGUCGGCUGCCAGGGAAGGUUCUGAGGUAAACAGACCGGUUUGACUGUGCUACAGAACCGGUCUUAGCGACAUCCGGGGACACAGGCGACUUCUGCACGAGCCAACAUGAGCUAUGACGGUCAGGGGAGCUCCGUUUGUGCUCUGGGGGUGCCUUCUACUGUCAGCGCAGCUGCGUCUGGGCGUGAGCACUCAGAAACAUGGCCCCUCACAGUCUAAACAGACUACAGGAACAGAUAACGAUGGCUUUUGUGCCAAACAGGAAGACUGCCAAGUUGACGAUGAAAAACAAAAAGGUAGAUCUGAACCUCAGGGACAAAAUGGCGGAUUCUUCCCAAACCUGCCGAAGCCGCCCAGACUGCCGACGCCGGCAGAGAUUCUACAGAAGCUGCCUGACGGUCCGCCCCAGCUCCCGGACCUGUCCACAGUCAUGGAUAAGCUACCUAAAGCCACAGAACUGUUGAAAAAACUGCCGAAAGCACGAGAGGUUCUGAAGAAAGUGCCGAAAUUGCCCGAUUUCCCUGACCCUCCAAGUCUGAAGAAAUUCGUAACAGCCAAGCUUAAGUUUGCUCCAGAUGUGUCGGCUGUGCAGCCCGGGAUCCCGCCGUACUGUGACGGGCUGGUGCUCACGCCCAGGGACAGCUUCCUCCGGGAAGUCUGCCGGAAACUCAUAGGAGUGGAGGUGUGUUACGGAGAGCUCGGCUGUUUCACCACGGACCCGCCAUGGUCACUCACACUGGAACGUCCGAUCUCCUCACUGCCUCGGCCUCCAGAGGAAAUACAGGUCCAGUUCCUUCUAAGAACACGUAACACCCCGAGUACGGGAGAGUUUAUCCGGGCAGGGGACCGGGCGGCGCUGGCGGCGUCUGACUUCAUCGGCACCCGCCCUACCAAGUUCAUCACACACGGCUUCAUCGAGAACGGCUUCGUUGCCUGGAUCACGGACAUGUCGCAGGAGAUCCUCCGGGCGGACGACUGUAACGUGAUAGCGGUGGAUUGGGGCAGCAACGGCGGCUCGAUGUUUCCGUACACCCAGGCCACUGCCAACACACAGAUCGUGGGGGCUAUCGUCGCACAGAUGAUCACAUUCCUCAUGCAAGAGACAGGGAACUCUGCUAGCUCGUACCACCUGAUCGGACACAGUCUGGGCUCCCACACCAUGGGGUACGCUGGGAUGAGGGUACCCGGCCUGGGCAGGAUUACAGGACUGGACCCAGCCGAGCCGUAUUUCCAGGGUACCGAUCCCAUGAUCCGUCUGGACCCGACUGAUGCCGAGUUGGUUGACGUCAUCCACUCAGACGGAGGAUUUUUCUUCACAAGUCUAGGUUACGGUAUGUACGACCCCACCGGCCAUCUUGAUUUCUACCCAAACGGCGGCAUCGAAAUGCCCGGAUGUGACGAAGGGCUGACUCACUACAUCGACAUGAAUGGAGGGAUUUACGAAGGUGGGCGGGAGUACGUGGCGUGUAACCAUCUGAAGGCCAUCGUCUACUUCCACGACUCCAUCAACUCCAUCUGCCCCAUGAUGGCGUAUCCUUGUCGCGAUUACGACAGGUUUAAAGAUGGCCACUGCCUGGACUGUCGCCAGGGCUGUGCACAGAUGGGGUACCAUGCCGACAAGUACAAACCUGCACCUGGCCUCACCAACCUCAAGUACUACCUCGACACCGCCGCUAGAUCUCCUACUUGUCUUUAUCACUAUCAGGUUAUGAUCACGCUGGGAACGGAUUCCGAUGCCGAGGAAGUUGAUGGAUACCUCCACUUGUCCUUCGUCACUCAAUCAGGCACAGUUACGGAGUACUACAAACUUACAGACGACCCGAUCAAGCUUCAGCCCGGAAACAGCUACAUGUACUUCCUGAAGCUGCCGACAAACCUGGGUAACCUCCAGCGGGUCCGGUUCCUGUGGGACUACGACUGGUCCAUCGCCAACCCCAGCACCUGGUUCAUCUUCUCAAGGCCCAAGAUCUGGAUGGACAGGAUCCAGGUCAUGGCGGGAGAAUCUCAGAACAGAAUGUCUUUCUGCGCCUUCAAUAACUACUUCGUCGAAGACGUUGCGUCAGACCUGAGAUUGUGCUGAAGGCGUGGCCAAUUGCGUCGUCGGUGCCAUGGAGACACCUAUGCUGCUUGGAAAAUCGAAUCUGAUUGGUCUUCUCUUAGAUUUAAUUAAGCUACUUGUUUCAGUAGAAUAACAAAUUGUCUUUCAAGCUUGUCUCAAAUGUACCAAAGAACAUUCUUCUGUAAUGUUCAAAACGUCGCAGAUAGACUUAAAUCCAAAGACAAUAACAGGUUAAACAUUUACUGUAAAGCUGCAUUAGGACGAUACGGGAAGUCAAUUUUCUGGCCAUUCAUUUACAAAAUUCAGGGAGUGAAGGUGCCAAAGUAUUACGCCGCCCGAGCGUGUUUAAAAGCUGGAAACACAGCUGUCAGCUAUGUUUGUCUACAUUUUUGUGGUGGUGUUACAAAAUGAGUGCGCCACGUGUGGCCAACAGAAAAUGUCCGAAUUUAGAGACAAUGUUAGACUAAUGUUUAAAAGUAUGGAAGGAAAAGAAACUUAUAAAAACAUUUCAAUCAAAAGUAUGAAAAUUAUCAAUGCAGCUUAAAAAGAAAUAAUAAGUAACAUGUAAUACAUACAUGCGGUUAUCAUAUAUAUGAAAGACUAAAUGUUGCCCCAUCUGCUACCAUCUAUAACAGUAAUCUGUAAUGAAUACGUAUAACGUAUAUGUUGUCAGCUUUCACAAGAAGAAGAAGAAUAUAUGUUGUGGUUGUGUGAAAAAUCCAUCUGGAAUAAAACAUUCGACUAG